GGCGACCCGGAGAGGCGGGGCGCGGGGGAUGGUGCAAUCCCGGGCCUGAGGGCAUCAGACGGCGGCUGAUUAGCGCAGGUUUACAUCACCCGGACCGGGGGCCGGGCGCGCACGAGACUCGCAGCGGAAGUGGAGGCGGCUCCGCACGCGUCCGCUGCCAGGACCCGGGCAGGGCUGGAGCUGGGCUGGGAUCCCGAGCUCGGCAGCAGCGCAGCGGGCCGGCCCACCUGCUGGUGCCCUGGAGGCUCUGAGCACCGGCGGCGCCAGGACCCACGCGGAACGACGGGGCAAGAUGCGAGCCACCCCUCUGGCUGCUCCUGCGGGUUCCCUGUCCAGGAAGAAGCGGUUGGAGUUGGAUGACAAGUUAGACACCGAGCGUCCCGUCCAGAAACGAGCUCGAAGUGCGCCCCAGCCCAGACUGCCCCCCUGCCUGUUGCCCCUGAGCCCACCUACUGCUCCAGAUCGAAGUGCGCCCCAGCCCAGACUGCCCCCCUGCCUGUUGCCCCUGAGCCCACCUACUGCUCCAGAUCGAAGUGCGCCCCAGCCCAGACUGCCCCACUGCCUGUUGCCCCUGAGCCCACCUACUGCUCCAGAUCGAAGUGCGCCCCAGCCCAGACUGCCCCCCUGCCUGUUGCCCCUGAGCCCACCUACUGCUCCAGAUCGAAGUGCGCCCCAGCCCAGACUGCCCCCCUGCCUGUUGCCCCUGAGCCCACCUACUGCUCCAGAUCGUGCAACUGCUGUGGCCACUGCCUCCCGUCUUGGGCCCUAUGUCCUCCUGGAGCCCGAGGAGGGCGGGCGGGCCUACCGGGCCCUGCACUGCCCUACAGGCACUGAGUAUACCUGCAAGGUGUACCCCGUGCAGGAAGCCCUGGCCGUGCUGGAGCCCUACGCGCGGCUGCCCCCACACAAGCAUGUGGCUCGGCCCACUGAGGUCCUGGCUGGUACCCAGCUCCUCUAUGCCUUUUUCACUCGGACCCGCGGGGACAUGCACAGCCUGGUGCGAAGCCGCCGCCGCAUCCCUGAGCCUGAGGCUGCUGCGCUCUUCCGCCAGAUGGCCAGCGCCCUGGCGCACUGUCACCAGCACGGUCUGGUCCUGCGUGAUCUCAAGCUGUGUCGCUUUGUCUUCACUGACCGUGAGAGGAAGAAGCUGGUGCUGGAGAACCUGGAGGACUCCUGUGUGCUGACUGGGCCAGAUGAUUCCCUGUGGGACAAGCACGCAUGCCCGGCCUACGUGGGACCUGAGAUACUCAGCUCACGGGCAUCAUACUCGGGCAAGGCAGCAGAUGUCUGGAGCCUGGGCGUGGCGCUCUUCACCAUGCUGGCCGGCCACUAUCCCUUCCAGGACUCGGAGCCUGUCCUGCUCUUUGGCAAGAUCCGCCGCGGGGCCUACGCCUUGCCUGCAGGCCUCUCAGCCCCUGCCCGCUGUCUGGUUCGCUGCCUCCUUCGUCGGGAGCCAGCUGAACGGCUCACAGCCACAGGCAUCCUCCUGCACCCCUGGCUGCGAGAGGAGCCGAUCCCCUUAGCCCCAACCCGAUCCCAUCUCUGGGAGGCUGCCCAGGUGGUCCCUGAUGGACUGGGGCUGGACGAAGCCAGGGAAGAGGAGGGAGACAGAGAAGUGGUUCUGUAUGGCUAGGACCACCCUAGUACAUGCUCAGCUGCCAACAGUGGAUUGAGUUUGGGGUAGCUCCAAGCCUUCUCCUGCCUCUGAACUGAGCCAAACCUUCAGUGCCUUCCAGAAGGGAGAAAGGCAGAAGCCUGUGUGGAGUGUGCUGUGUACACAUCUGCUUUGUUCCACACACAUGCAAUUCCUGCUUGGGUGCUUAUCAGGUGCCAAGCCCUGUUCUAGGUGCUGGGAGUACAGCAGUGAGCAAAGGAGACAAGAUUCCCUGCUCACAGAGAUGACAAACUGGCAUUCUUGAGCUGACAACACUUUUCCAUGACCAUAGGUCACUGUCUACACUGGGUACACUUUGUACCAGUGUCGGCCUCCACUGAUGCUGGUGCUCAGGCACCUCUGUCCAAGGACAAUCCCUUUCACAAGCAAACCAGCUGCCUUUGUGUCUUGUACCUUUUCAGAGAAAGGGAGGUAUCCCUGUGGCAAAGGCUCCAGGCCUCUCCCCUGCAACUCAGGACCCAAGCGCAGCUCACUCUGGGAACUGUGUUCCCAGCAUCUCUGUCCUCUUGAUUGAGAGAUUCUCCUUCCAGGCCUAAGCCUGGGAUUUGGGCCAGAGAUAAGAAUCCAAACUAUGAGGCUAGUUCUUGUCUAACUCAAGACUGUUCUGGAAUGAGGGUCCAGGCCUGUCAACCAUGGGGCUUCUGACCUGAGCACCAAGGUUGAGGGACGGGAUUAGGCAGGGUCUGUCCUGUGGCCACCUGGAAAGUCCCAGGUGGGACUCUUCUGGGGACACUUGGGGUCCACAAUCCCAGGUCCAUACUCUAGGUUUUGGAUACCAUGAGUAUGUAUUUUUACCUGUGCCUAAUAAAGGAGAAUUAUGAAAUAA